AGAAGCUUGGGUGUUGGUGAGACAUUGAGACUUGAGAGAGACCUCUAUAUUGAAAGUAGGAACUAAAGAUAACAAUCUUUGUUUUUCUCUUUUAUUUAAUCUCUGCCGCUGCGGCUCAAGAAUGGCGACUUUGCAGCUUUGGGAGACUUUGAAAACAGCUAUUACUGCAUAUACAGGACUCUCUCCUGCAACCUUCUUCACGGUAUUGGCUCUGGCUUUCGCGUUCUACUAUGUUAUAUCUGGGUUCUUCUCGUCGUCCCAUGAGUCUGGGAGGACGAGAGAAGCCCCAGAAGUAGUGGAACCCCUUCCUCCUCCGGUUCAUCUUGGUGAGAUCAGUGAGGAGGAGUUGAAGGCUUAUGAUGGAUCAGACCCAAAGAAGCCUUUGCUGAUGGCAAUCAAGGGACAGAUCUAUGAUGUAUCGCAAAGCAGGAUGUUCUAUGGUCCUGGAGGGCCCUAUGCGUUGUUUGCCGGGAAGGAUGCUAGUAGAGCUCUUGCAAAAAUGUCUUUUGAGGAUAAGGAUUUAACAGGUGACAUCUCAGGUCUUGGUCCUUUUGAACUUGAUGCCUUGCAGGACUGGGAGUACAAGUUUAUGAGCAAGUAUGUUAAGGUUGGAACAAUUAAGAAAACUGUUCCCGUAGCCGAUGAACCCCCUGCCCCCACUGGUGAUUCCGCGGAAGCUGACAGUCCUGCAGAAAAUGGGCAAUCAGAGCAUGCGGAAGCUGACAGUCCUGCAGAAAAUGGGCAAUCAGAGCAUGCUAAAGUUGAGCAAGAGGUGGAGGAGCCGGCAAAGGAGGCCGCAGUUGAUGGCAAUGCUGAGAGAGAGUAGUUCCCAACUUCCUAGUUAUCUCACUGCGAGCUAUACUGCUUGUGAAGCUUUAGAGAACUUGUAUUUCAUGAAUCCUGUUACCUUUUGCUUUCUUGUUAGUCCAGUUAAAUACCUUUGUUAUAUAGGCAGACUUUGUGAAAUGUGAGUUAAAUCUCUUGGUAGUCCAGAUGAAUACUCCUCUAAUAGGAAAAACUAGGUGGAGCCUCUUUGCUGAAUAAGGCCUAUAUAGAGCAUUGUAGUAUAGCUGGAGCCUCAAGGAGUCUAAGUUGGUACUUAGUUAUACAAUUAUCUGCCAAAGUGUUGUAUUCUGAAACUAGAGUUGAGAUUCAAAUACAAUGAUAAAAUUUGCUGUCAA